CACAAGCGCUCCCAUGUUGCGUAGUCUGGAAACCUGACGUGGAGAGCAGCCGAGUGGAGCGUACAGUGACUGAGUUGCAGCAGGGCAGAUCAGAAAGUGCCUGUGGCCGCGCUCACAUUUCCUCGCGCACUCCUCUCCGGACCUAGAGUCGCACGAGACUGGCAACACGCUCAGACACCGGUGUGCUGGCCGCGCGUGACCCGAGGAGCCCACUUUUGACGAACACACUCGGGCUCCGCUGGCAGGAAAGCUGGAACUAAACUACAUUCAUUGACUUGAGAGCGAUGCACUGGCAGCAUGGCCAAGUGGUUCAAGGAGCACCUAGGAUUCAAAACUACCAAAGCACCCCCUCCGGCGCCUCCGAAACCGGACUACAGACACUGUCACACCGGUGUGCCCGGUGCGCCUGGCUACCAACAAACAAUCUGCGGGGCCACCUUCCCAAGCCCCGCGCAACCGGACAUCCUCGCUGCGUACAAACUACAAAAGGAGCUGGACUUCGAGGACCCGUACACUUCAGGUGGAAAUAUUUCAUUCGGCUCGAGCUUGAACAGCGUGGGGUCGCCGGAUAUCAAGUAUGUGUCACCAAAACACCGACUUAUCAAGGUGGAAACUAUCGAAAAGCCCAGCCCAGCUCCAGGCGGAGGUGUCACAGUCACCCAAGCUGUUGCUCUGGGGAGUGUUAAAUCUCCCACUUCACCUCCCUCGGACCACGACAACAAGGAGAAGCUCAUUAUCCUCGAAGACUACGCGGACCCUUUCGAUGCCGAGCAGGCUGGUGGCACUCAGACCAGCACGGAAAAAGUGACGACCACGGAGAAUGACGGCUACAUGGAGCCAUACGAGGCCCAGAAGAUGAUGGCAG